AUGGCAAUUCAAAAGACUUAUGAAGAGAAACAAAUUCGUUACCAUGACAACAUAUAUUUUGUAACGUUACCAUGGAAAGAGAAUCACCCUACGUUACCGACAAAUAAAGCCAUUGCACAACGAAGGACGGAAAGUGUAGUAAGAAGACUUAGCAAAGAACCCAAACUACUGGAAAAAUAUGUAGAAAUAAUGGCUGAGCAGGAGAAAAGGGGCUUCAUAGAGAAAGUGGAUACUACUAAUGAGGCCGAUGAAAAGAGCAAAAUACACUAUAUUCCGCAUCAUGCUGUGAGAAAAGAUUCAACUACAACACCAAUCAGGGUCGUAUUCGACUGCAGUUGUAAAGCAACAUCAGAAUCGUCUAGUCUUAAUGAUUGUUUGAUGACUACUCCAACCAAUUUAAAUGACUUAGUCGGCAUUCUCUUAAGAUUUCGUUUACACCAAUUUGCCGUUACUACUGAUAUAGAGAAGGCGUUCUUGAACGUGGGACUAGAGACACAGGAUAGAGAUGUCACACGUUUCUUUUGGUUCGAUACACCAACAGACCCAUCAACUCCACUAUCAACUUACCGAUUUAAGUCUGUAUUAUUUGGAGCCACUUCAUCGCCAUUCAUACUGAAUUCCGUUCUACAAAAACACUUGAGAGAGAACCGUUGUGAAUAUACUGACACUUUAAAGAACGAUUUGUAUGUUGAUAAUAUACUGUCGAGUUUUUCUACAGAGAGUGCAUUACUGAAAUAUUUUGAUACAUCAAGAGACUUAUUCAUUAGAGCAGGAUUUAACUUGCGCUCAUGGGCUUCAAAUUCUCAACUUUUGCGAGACCGCGCAAAUUCACACAGCGUAUUAGACAAAGAUGAACUCAUAAAAGUGCUUGGAUUGAGAUGA